AUGAUUUUGUCAUGUAGCCAACAAGCUUCUCCUGACUCAAUGAUAAGAACAACAAAAUAUUUUGAUAGUUUCUCAAAUCAAGUACCAGUCCAACCCAAUAUGUAUAAAAAACCAGUCCGAGUCGUUAAAGCAGUACAACGUUCAGCGCAAACGCCACCGAUAAACGAAUUGAAAAGUUCGCUGCCAACAAAAAUGAAUUCUGAAAAUGAUUUAAGAAAGGUUCUCUCGCCGAAUUCAAAUGUAUCUAAUAUAAACAAGGAACAACACCGUAGUUCUGAUUAUAUUAGAAAUUUGUUUCCCAUACCUGAUCAUCUUAAACGACAUCGUUCAAGACAAAAUUCAGCAAACAAUAAUGCCAAUGAUAUGCAGAAAAGCUCGAAUGAUAAUAUUCGACAAACGCAGGAAGAUUUACUGUUAAAUUUGAGAAGAACUUUAGAUAUGUUACAAACAAAUCAAAGAAUAGUCAAGGAUGAAACUGAAAUAAAUGCAAUCCUUGGUACAAAAUUAAUUAAUCUACUCGAAGCAAAAGCUGAAUUAAAUGAAAUCGAAAAAGUCAAAUUACAUAUCAGUGAAAUUGAUACAAUUACAUCAAUUCUUCUCAAACUUAGUUGUCGAUUAGCUAAAGUCGAGAAUGAUUUAUUGAUGAUUACAAAUGAUAACGCUCAGACAAAGGCAAGUUUACUGGAACGACGUGAAAAAAUUCAACAAAAACAUGAUGAAGCAAAAUCAUUAAAAGAUGGUAUUGAUCGUCGUAGUCGUUUAGUAACAAAUAUUCUUCGAAAAUACUUUUCUGAUGAACAAUAUGAUGAGUAUGAUCAUUUCAUACGAAUGAAAUCAGCAUUAUUAAUUGAUACAAAAGAUAUUGAAGAAAAUACUGCAUUUAUUCAAAAACAAAUCGAUAUUUUACUUAACCCAUCAUCAUCAUCAGUUGUAAAUAAUCAACAAUAUUCAUCAACAUCAUCAAUAUCUCUUUUUGAAACUUUGCCGCGAUCAAAUUCAAUAAGUUCAUCAGCAUCACAUAAAAUCGAUAAUUUACAAACAAACUAUUUUAAUUCUAUAUCGGCCACGGCCUAG